CGAUGUGUUUCUAAGUUGCAACUCAUCGAAGGCUGGGCUACGAAAAUUGAAGUGGUGCUGCCACAUCAUGCCUCUGAAAGGGGAGAAAUUAAACCGUAACUAUCCAUAAGUGAACGCCUAACACUUCCUUAAUAUGUGUAUAAGUGGAAUAUAAGUGUAUGAUUUAUGGUCUCCAAACACCUGUAAAGUUAACACCUGCGAUCGCCGCCCCUUAGAAUUUGUAAAAGCGCAGUUGGGGCCUACAACCCCGAGCGCAUCGUUCCUCGGGCUGAAGGGAUAGCCAGGGAUACUCAAAGAUGCGCUUUUAUCUGCCGGUGUUGGUUGCCGCGGCCGCGCUGGGAUGCGUGAGUGAAGCGAAGGUCGUGCCUUGGAAGCUGCCGGAGCCUCGCCUGUCCCUCGUCAGCGGCAGAGUCAGCGCUGUUCUGAACGGACCGAAGACUAUGAAGCGCGCGACCUUCCUCAUGGCCGUAAACAGGCGGGUGACCUUCAGGAGACCUCAGCACAAACUCCGACUUUUGUGUCAGCUGAAUGAGGACGGAGGCAAAAGCUGCUCGGGCACAGGAGGACCAACCGUCUCACCCCAUGACGUUAUUUAUUACGGCAUGAAAGUCAAACUCUCACGCAGAAAGUCGACUCGUUUUAAGAAUAAGAAAUGGUCGCCGCCAGUAACGACCUCGACGACAACGGCAACGCAUGAAACGACCGGAGUGACGACCCUCCCCCCCGGCUGGGUGUCUGCCAUAACGAUGAGUUUUGGAAAGGCGUACGACCUGCCGACUCCUUGAGCUGGGCGCGGGUUCGGUGCCAUGGCCGUGGUGUCGAACGGAUAAAAGAUUACGAAUUUCUCCCUUAUCGGGGUAUAAUAGGUGUGGAAAGAUAUAAGGGGCAAUUCCCAGCGUUUUUUCACCUUUAAUGUCGGGUCUUGUCUUUCAUUAAAUUGGAUCGUUGGCUGA